AUGGGCAAAGCUCGCAAGAGGCACAACUGGAAGGCGCGGCUGCCGGGGAGCUCCGGGGGGCUGCAGCCGCCCGCCCCAGAGCCUGUGCAGCUGGAGCUGGGAGAUGAGGCAAAGCUGAAAGGAGUGGAUGAAAGUAAUGCCCUGGUCCUGCCAGCUAAAAAGACAAAGACGAAAAAAGUAGCUUGUGACACACAACGAGAGAAGAAGCCCCUGAGCAAAAAACAGAGGAAAAUCUUGCAGAAAGUUUUAGAGCAGAAAGAGAAGAAAAAUCAGCGAGCUGAAUUGCUAAGUAAGUUAAAUGAGGUCCAGGCUUCUGAGGCCGAAAUGAAACUUCUGUACACCACUUCCAAGUUGGGUAUUGGAGAACGCAUGUACCAGACCAAACGGACAGUACAAGAAGCAGGCACCACAUGUCCGGAGAAGAUUAGUAGCAUCAGUGGUGCAAAUAAAAAAAGGCGCAGACUAGAUAUGGAACUGGAGGCUGAAAAGAAGACUGAAUCCUCUGAUGAGGAUGAAGAGGAAGAGCAUAAAGAAGCAAUUGAAAAGACAACCACUGACAACUUUAACUUUGGAAAGGUGGAAGAAUGCAUUAAGAAGCCAUUGAAUAGUGAUCAGGCUCUUCCUAGCACGCCAGCUCUUCAAAAAGCAUUUCAUAAGCCAUCUUCCAAGCCUGCAGUUUUCAUCCCAGUGGACAGGUCACCUGAGAUACAGGAAGCGAGACUAAAGCUUCCUAUCCUCGCUGAAGAACAAGUGAUCAUGGAAGCUAUUAACGAGAAUCCUGUUGUCAUCAUAUGCGGAGAAACUGGGAGUGGUAAAACCACUCAAGUGCCUCAGUUUCUGUAUGAAGCAGGCUAUGCCAGUUCUGAUGGCAUCAUUGGAAUCACAGAGCCUCGGCGUGUAGCCGCAGUGUCUAUGUCCCAUCGGGUUGCUAAGGAAAUGAAUCUUUCACACAGGGUAGUUUCAUAUCAAAUACGUUAUGAAGGAAACGUUACAGGUGAAACCAAAAUUAAGUUCAUGACGGAUGGUGUGCUACUGAAAGAAAUUCAGAAGGACUUCUUGCUUUUGAAGUACAAAGUGAUCAUUAUUGAUGAAGCCCAUGAAAGAAGUGUGUACACAGAUAUCCUGAUUGGCCUCCUAUCUCGCAUCGUGCCCCUUCGUGGAAAGAAAGGGCAGCCUAUGAAGCUCAUCAUUAUGUCUGCCACCCUUCGUGUUGAAGACUUCACUGAUAACCAGAAACUCUUUCCUGCUGUUCCUCCUGCUAUACAGGUAGAUGCAAGGCAAUUCCCUGUGACUGUUCAUUUUAAUAAGAGGACUCCAGUAGAUGACUACAAUGGGGAAUGUUUUAGAAAAGUCUGUAAAAUCCACCGAAUGUUACCCGCAGGAGGGAUUUUGGUGUUCUUAACAGGCCAAGCAGAAGUACACUCGCUCUGUAGAAGACUAAGAAAAGCCUUUCCAUUCCGUAAAAAUAAAACUGAAGGAGAUGAAGAGAAGGAAGAAUCAGUCGAAGAAACCAGGAAAUUUAAGAAAUCCAAACAGAAGAAAACUAUGCCAUUACCCAAAAUCGAUCUGAACAGUUACUCCGUUUUGCCAGUGGAUGAAGGCGAUGAGGACAGAGAAGCUGAAAUGGAUGAUGAUGAGGAUGCUGUGGGCUCUGACAUUGACCUAGAUUUGGGGGAUGAUGGACUAGAGGAAGGUGAGAAGUCCAAUUCUUCCCUUCCACUCUACGUGCUCCCACUCUACUCUUUACUAGCACCAGAAAAGCAAGCCAAGGUGUUCCGACCUCCUCCUCUUGGAACAAGACUGUGCGUUGUCGCAACCAACGUGGCUGAGACGUCUCUCACUAUCCCCAGCAUUAAAUACGUGGUUGACUGCGGGAAAGUCAAGAAACGCUUCUAUGACAAAGUUACUGGGGUUUCGUCUUUCAGAGUCACCUGGACGUCUCAAGCAUCUGCAAACCAGCGGGCAGGACGAGCUGGCCGCACGGAACCAGGGCACUGUUACAGGCUCUAUUCAUCUGCAGUUUUCAGUGACUUUGAGAAAUUUUCUCCUCCGGAAAUUACAAGGCGACCUGUGGAAGACUUGAUUCUACAGAUGAAAGCGUUAAACAUUGAGAAGGUGAUCAACUUCCCUUUUCCAACCCCGCCUCCAACAGAGGCACUUGCAGCUGCUGAAGAGCUACUGAUAGCGCUUGGAGCCCUGCAGGAGCCACCCGAGACAGGAAGGCUGAAAGAUCUGCAGAUAGCAAAGCUGAGCUGUCCAAUUAGUCCCUUGGGCGUGACCAUGGCGUCCUUUCCUGUGGCCCCACGCUACGCUAAGAUGCUUGCUUUAAGUAAACAGCACGACUGCCUGCCGUAUGCCAUUACCAUAGUGUCGGCAAUGACCGUUCGAGAGCUCUUUGAGGAGUUUGAGAGACCAGCUGUAAGUGAAGAAGAGACGGAGAAGCUCAAGGGGAAGAAAGCAAGAGUCAUACAGAUGCGAAGGAUCUGGGCUGGACAAGGGCCUUUUCAAAAGCUAGGAGACCUCAUGGUGAUGUUAGGAGCUGUGGGGGCCUGUGAGUAUGCAGGGUGUACUCCUAAAUUCUGUGAAGCAAAUGGGCUGCGAUACAAAGCUAUGGUGGAAAUCAGGCGCUUACGGGGGCAGCUGACGACAGCAGUGAAUUCAGUCUGCCCCGAUGCUGGCCUCUUCGUUGAUCCAAAAAUGAAGCCUCCCACAGAGACCCAGGUGACCUAUUUGAGACAGAUAGUGUUGGCGGGGUUAGGGGAUCAUAUUGCCCGAAGGAUCCAGGCGGAGGAACUUCUGGAUGAGAAAUGGAAAAAUGCCUACAAGACUCCUCUGCUGGAUGACCCUGUCUUUAUCCACCCGAAUUCUGUCCUCUUCAAACAACUCCCAGAGUUUGUGGUGUAUCAAGAAAUUGUUGAAACUACUCAAAUGUACAUGAAAGGUGUUUCGGCCGUUGAAUCUGAAUGGAUCCCAGUCCUGCUACCUCCGUACUGUCACUUUGGGAAACCUUUGGAAAAUCCUCCUCCAUUUUAUUGCCCUGAAACAGGCAGAAUAAGAUGCCACAGACCAAGUGUUUUCUAUCGAGUAGGCUGGCAGCUUCCAGCAGUGGAGGUAGAUUACCCAGAGGGUAUUGAUCGCUACAAAUACUUUGCCAAAUUUUUACUGGAAGGAAAAAUUGUUAAACAGCUGGGCUCUUAUAAGCGUUGUUUGCUGUCCAGUCCGCUCACAAUGCUGAAGACAUGGUCCAAGCUUCAGCCCCGGACAGAAAUCUUGCUGAAGGCUCUUGUUUCAGAAAGUGCUGAUAGUCGUGAUGCUUUGCUGGCUGCAUGGAAAAAAAAUCCCAAGUACUUGCUGUCAGCAUAUUGCCAGUGGAUCCCCGAAGUUAUGCACGAUGACGUAGCCAAACGCUGGCCACCUGUGACAUUGUGA